UGGUGGCGUUACUGCACAAGAACGCAGCAGACGUCAACCCCUACUUAGACGACUGGCUGAUAAAAAGUCAAAAUCGGAACCUGAUUUGUCAAUCAACCGAGCGGACUGUCAGUCUACUGCUAAAGCUAGGUUUUCUGAUAAAUAUGGAAAAAUCAGAAUUAAUACCGACGCAGAAAAUAGUCUUUCUGGGCAUGGAACUGGAUGCGGAGAAAGGCAUGAUCCGACCAGCCCAACACAGAAUCGACAAUGUACAAAAAAUGAUACAAUCAUUUCUAAAACAAAAACAAGCCACACUACGCCAGGUAAUGCGACUAGUGGGGAUGUUAACUUCGAUGAGGGGCUUAGUACCGAGAGCGGCACUACAGUCCAGACCGAUCCAACGCCUAGUGUUAGACGCACAGUUAAAAAUGCGACUAUCAAAGGACGGGAUAAAAUACGAAAAACCGGUACUGUUCACACCGGCCUUUCUGGAAUCACUUCCGUGGUGGGGCAACCUCAAGAAUCUCACGGCGGGGAUUCCCAUGGACAAGCGAAACCGACAGUAUCAUCCUCGUCUACAAUUGUAGAUUUACAUUGUGAAUGUAACCAUUUGUCGUUCUUUGCUGGUCGUGUCAUUGUAGCCCCAUACAUAAUAGAUGUAACAGAAGACAUCAUGUUGUUUGCUACUUUUAUUGAUAAUCCUAUUAUGGUAUCUACUGUGGCAGCAAUCUUUGUUGUCUAUCUGCUGUGUGCUAUAUGGGCAAGGAGACGAGAUGGAAGAGACAUACUCAAGACUGAAGUAAUACCUUUAGAUGAUAAUGAUCCUCUGGCAGAGUAUAGCUACCGUGUCACAGUAUUUACUGGUGUUCGUCAAGGUGCUGGUUCCUCAGCCAUUGUAACCCUCACCUUGAAUGGAUCAUGGCAAAGUAGUCAACCCCAUGUAUUGAACCCAAACACAUCAAAAAGGCAACUUCUUCAACGUGCUGGGACUGAUAUCUUUUUACUUACAACUCAGGAAUAUUUAGGUGACCUGAAGUCAGUUCGUCUGUGGCAUAACAACUCAGGAAAAAGUCCUAGCUGGUAUGUAAGUCGUGUCUUGGUUCAUGAUUUACAGACUGGCGAUGAUUGGUAUUUCUUGUGUAACUCUUGGUUGUCUGUUGAAUCUGGACUCAUUGACAAGACAUUUACAUUGGCCUCGCAAAAAGAUUUGUCUCAGUUCCAACACAAGUUUAUUACCAAGACCGUUAAGGAUCUAUCCGAUGGGCAUCUCUGGCUUAGCAUUAUUUCCCGACCACCUCACAGUAAUUUCACUCGCCUUCAGCGAAUUUCAUGCUGUCUAUCUCUCCUGUUGUGCACCAUGUUGACUGGACUGAUGUUUUACGGCAUACCAAAGGAUCCUGCAGAACAGAGUAUGGACUUUGGACAUUUCACAAUGACAAUGACAGAGCUGAUGAUUGGAAUAGAAAGUGGGUUGGUGGUUUUCCCAAUCAACCUGAUUAUUGUUCAAAUUUUUCGUAAUGUUAAGUCUAGGAAAGUCAUAUAUGAGAACAAAUCUAAGCUCAAGACUAAAGAUUCACCCAGUUUGAAAACUCCUUCAGCUAGCAACAAUUCCAGUGAAUUUAUUGAUCAUAGUAAUGACUUAAAUAAAAUUGUUGUUGAAGUUAAUAAUUCUUCUGCUGUUUCUAUGAUUCGAAACAGUUUAUUGGAUAUCAGAGAUGAUUUAGAAAAAAUCUCCAGUGGCGCCGGUACUCCAACCAGUUCUGGUGUGAGUUUGAUGUCAUCAGAUUGUGCUCUAGAUGAGAAUAAAUCAGAUGAUGAAAAUGAACACUCAACCAAGACUAGCCUUGAGACAAAUAAAAGUACUUCAUCAGCAUCAGCUACUAAGGGUGAUGAGGAAUUAACUUUGAAAGCUUCUACUUAUGUUCAACAUAUAAUAGAAGAUGCUAUGAAUGAACUUCUAGAAAUGCCGCAUGAUAUAUUUGAAAAUGAGACUGAUUUUGAAAAGACAAAGAAAAGAUUUCAGAUGAUGUAUUCACUUCAAGAAAUCUACAUUCAGUCACCAGACGUGUUCUAUGAAGAAAUAAGAACCCUGAUGCAGCAACACAUCAAAGAAAAUGAACAAGGAUAUCUUCCAUGGUGGUUUGUGUAUAUUGGUUGGCUCACUGUCAUAAGCACUAGUCUGGUAUCAGCUUUUUUUGUUAUGUUGUAUGGGUUGAAGUAUGGUCGGCAACGCUCCAUUGAGUGGUUGAUUUCUAUGGCUGUUUCUCUUUGCCAGAGUAUCUUUUUGAUUCAACCAUUCAAAGUAGUCUUUCUUGCCAUGUUUUUUUCCCUGUUCCGAGUCACCCCUGAAAGUGAUGAUGUUGGAAAUGACAAAGCCUAUGUUCUCAGAUUUGAAUCAUCUGAUCAGUCAAAACAUGACCUUGACAGCUGGAUGGAGACUGUAAGGAGAUUAAGACGGGCUUCUCACUAUCAACCACCAUCAAAGAAAAGACUACUAGCAGCUCAGAAGAAGAAAGAAAUGCAGCAUAAAGUUUCUGUAAUGAUUAAAGAGUUGAUCACAUAUGGACUAUUUCUCUGGUUGAUUUUGACAAUAGCAUUUAGUCACAGAGAUAAAAGGUCUAUCUACCUAAAUGGAAUAUUGGAAGAGACUUUCAGUGACGGUUUUGAUGAGAUUACUUCCUUUAAUGAUAUACAUGAUUGGAUGAAUGAAGUAUUGUUAGAUGCAUUAUAUGGGGAAGAUGAUGGAUACAUUGGUAGUGAUUGUAAUUGUAUUAAGUUAUUAGGCAGUGCUAGGCUUAGACAGGUCAGAGUUAAACCAGGCAUUAAAAGACAUCACGGCGUGCCAAAUCGUGUAAAACUCCCAAUCACCAUUGCACUGAUGCGAAUUCUUAAGGACACCGUCGCAAACCAUCCCACUAUUUGCAACCAUGACAAAGCUAUGUUGUGGUCUGCCUUUACACUGGCGUUCUUCGGCUUCUUGAGAGUCAGCAAAUUGUUCGCACCCGCGUCAACCACCUUUGACCCACAAUGCACUUUACUGGCGGCAAACAUCACUUGCAACACAGACCUCGUCAUUGCGCUCAAGGCUUCUGAGACAGACCCAUUCCGCCGGGGAUGUAACAUCAUCAUCGCACCCUCACAGUCAUCGGUCUGCGCUGUGCAGGCAUACCAGGCGUACAAAGCACUACAUAGUUCCGUCGCUCACCUACCUGCAUUCCAGUUCGCCAACAGUACUUUCCUCACGUGGCAAGCUGUUAGCAACCACAUUCAAGACCUUCUCACUCGCGCAUCUGUGCCAGAUGUUAACUGUUACACUACUCACAGUUUCCGCAGUGGUGCAGCCAUGACAGCUGCCGACGCAAAUCUCCCGGACUGGUUGAUCAAGGCACUGGAUCAAUGUCAUGUGAGUGAAAUGAUGUCAGCAGUUGUAACAUCAUGUCAAGUCAAGUACAUGUAUUCUACUGAAGAUACAAAUUCUUAUGCAGCAAGGUGGCAUAAUGUCACUGAUGUGCCAACUAAGCUGAAAUCCAUGUGGAAUUACCAGCCAGCAAGUAUCGCACAAGGAAGUCUAUUCUGGGGAAGUAAUGCAGCGUAUAACAGUGGUGGUUAUAUUGCUGAUCUGGGUACAUCUUCAGUUGAAGCAGCUUUUGUUGUAGAUGAGAUCUUUGAAUCAGAGUGGCUGGAUACAAAGACGCGAGCUCUUUUUAUUGAGUUUACUGUUUACAGUCCAUCCACUAAUAUCAUCAGUGCAGCAGUGUUUUUGUUAGAAGUAUCACCCAUUGGCAGUAUAACUACAAGUUUUGAGUUACUGACUAGUCCUUAUUAUAAAUACACAAUUGGUAUACACUUAUUUAUCAUAGUUUGCGAGAUAGGUUAUGUAUUCAUAUUAAUACAUAUGAUAUAUAUUGAAAUCGUUGAGCUCAAACAACAAGGUGUUCAAUACUUCCGCAGUUUUUGGAGCAUUUUUGAUACAGUUGUCAUUUUCUUCUCCCUGGUUACGAUGGGAGUUUUCAUUUCCCGGGUUGUGGUGUCUUACAUUGCAGUUGAGAAGUACCAAUCUGACAUAACAGCGUUUACUAGUUUCUUUCCUGCAGCAUUUUUAGAUCAGGUUUUUGGUUACUUUAUGUGCUGUCUGGUAAUGCUGUCCAUGCUGAGAAUGCUGAAAAUAAUGCGUAGUAACAGCAGUAUAUACCUGAUACAGAGGACUUUCAGCAAUGCUGCUGCUGAGAUCAUCAGCUUCACUGUAAUCCUUUUUAUUCUGCUAGCAGCUUAUGGACAGUUUUGCUCUAUAGCAUUUAGUAGAACCGUGGCUGAUUUGAAUGGUUUAGGCAACAUUGCAGGAUCAUUGCUAAGUCUUAUUCUGGGAGAGUAUGACCUUGAACAAUUAUUUACAGAGAACAGAUUCUUAGGACGUGUUUUCUAUCUAGUGUUUAUUUGUAAUGUGCCAUUGACGUUAAUGUCUGUGUAUACUACUAUGAUGAUUAGAACGUUUUUGUAUGCCUCUCACCACAGAAAACAUUCAGAAGACUCUGACGUGUUUCUUUUACUUAUGUUCCAAAUCACAUGUGGCAAAUUAUUUAAGCCAGAAAUAUCUUAUGGUGAUGAGGAUAGUGACAAUGAGUAA